AUGACUCCAGAUGUUAAAGCCUUGAAGACGAGAGUUGUCCUGUUGAGGAAGAGCAUGAAUGGAGGAAGAUCCCCUUGCAAGGUCUCUGCCCCUGUGGGUGUUAAAGCUUCUUUUUCCCCAGCUGUGGUCCUUACUUCUGCGGCUUCUUCUACAUUAGCCAUUAUUUAUGUUCCUCCCGAGCUUCCUGAGCUCCCUGAGGCUCCUGCUGACUCCACACCGGCUACUAUUCCUAAGAUUCCCAAGUUGCCUGAGCCAACUGAGAUCGUAGAUUCGACUGUAGGCACUUAA